GCGCCACCUCCCAAAGGCCCUCUGUAUCGCACGGCCACCAUCUCUGCUUCUCUUCCUCACCUUCUCAUUGCAUACCCACAAAAUACACGCUAUGGCAACAGAAUCACCACAGCCGGCCGUCGCGCCCGACGCAGACACGCCCAUGAUGGAGGUGACGCAGCCACAGGCCCCGCCGCCAGAGGAGAAGGCCAGGAAACGGCCGCGAAUCGAGAUGGGCAGCGAGCAGCGCAGGCGUGGCAAGUCGAUGUUUGCGCUCGCCGUGGGCACACUUACCAAGGCGAAGAACGAGGACCGCCAGCGGAAUCAGAGCGAGGCGGCGAAGAAGCGGCAGAUGAUUGAGCAUCGGCUGCAGGAAAAGCUACGGAGGGAGACGGACAGCGUCCGUCGUGCUGAAGAGGCAAAGAAAGACAAGACGGCUGCGAACCGGCGGGAGGAGGAGCUUCAGCUGAAAGACUCUAUUCAAAAACUACGCCGGACACGCCUUCCUCUCCUCGCUAACUUCCUCCUCACAUCCGAUACCAUUCUCGAGCUCGAGGUGCCUUCGUCACCACCCACGGAUGCUCCCGUCAGCAUGGAUACCGACUACAUCGGUGCACAGCCUGCAAGCUCGAUACGAGCAGCCCUGGCGGGGCCACCACGGACGCACCCGCCGCCUCUGUACUACCUCCCAGCAGUGCUACUGCCGUCACAGGAGGCGUUCCUGAAGAAGAGGAAGGAAGAGGCAAACAUCGCUACGGAAGCAGAAUGGGCAUCGUUCGCAUCGGAGCGCACCGCUGGAAUCGCGGAGAUCACCCGGCUACGACAGCGCGUCGCGGAGGAAGAAGCGCGCAGCAGGGCCGCAGCGAAGCCGCAGGACGAGGACAUUGAGGUGACCGACGCGACCGCGUCCGCACCCGAGCAAAACUCGGAGAAGGUGAAAGAGGAUAAGGAGGUCGCGAUUCCCGAGGAGAAGCAGAACGGGACGACGAAGGAGAAAGACGAGGAGGGAAAGAUGGACGUGGAUGAUGGUGGCGGCCAGCAGGCGCCGCCGGAGGAGGGGAAGCGGGAGCAGGAAGCGAAGGCGAAGGAGGAGGGUGCGGGGCAGGCGCAGAUGCAGGCGGACGAUGAGGACGCUGUCGAGUAUUAGCAUUCAGGUGGUCUGGAGACUUACAGUGCGUGAUAUUGCUUGAAUCUGUAUUGCUUUUCCAUGCUCGUUGAAUUGUUCUUAAUGUAUUUUCUGGCACAUAUCGUGAAAAUGCUGUUAGCUGGUCUGUUGCAAUCCCUCGAUGCGGUCUUACCUACGUGUCCUACGUCCACAACUAGGUAUCAUGAAUGCGCACCGACGCAUGCGUUCUAGAAGCUCUAGUUGUCCCACAUUCAUAUUGUGCAGGCGGAGAACGGCAGUGUUCGCGCUGCGGUCGGAAGAAU